AUGGAAGCGCAGAACUUGCAGGCCGCAUCGACUUAUGUCAACAACCUCCUGCUCGCUCGGGGCCUAUUGAAGAGUGGCCAGGCGAUCGAUUUUGCCGAUCCCGACAACCAUGAAGGCGGAGCCGAGGCCACGAUGGCGCGGGUGAUUAACCUGGUCAACGAUCUGGUUUUGAGGAGAGACCGUGAGGCCGAACACCGUGAGAGCUUAGCGACAACGAUUCGGACGUUGCGAGCCAGCGAGUCGGAGCAGACGAUGGAAAUUGGAAAAUUAAAGACAAAAGCAUCAGAAUUAACCCGAUCGCUCGCUCUCGCCGAGGCCUCGGAGCGGGCGCUCAAGUUAAAUAUGUCCAGCGCCGAGGCCACGAUUCGCGGACUCAAGGAACAAGUGCAGCGCAUGAAAACCACGGUUCAACAGGUCCGGGCGCAAUGUGCCAACGACAUCCGCAAGCGGGAUCUCGAGAUGCAGAGACUCAAGUCACACCUAGCCGAGCGACAACGGGGAAAGCGCGAGGGGCUGAGUGUCACUACCAUCAACAUCAACGCUGCCGCAAAGGGGUCGCAAUUGCGAGCGAGUGGCGGAGAACGGGUCAACGAGCCUGAAUACAGCCUACAGCAGGAGACGACCGAAUUCUUGACGGAACUAUGCCAGAACCUCAGCGACGAGAACGACACGCUGAUCGAGCUUGCGCGGAACACGGUGGCGACGCUGAAGGAGCUACAAGGGCUGCCGCAGGGCGAGGAGAAGGAUGGUGAGGAUGAAGCCUCGGUAAUGACUGCCAGUGUCGGGCCGCAGAAGCCAUCCUCCGCCGUGACUACACUUCCUACAUCAUGCGAGGAGCUGUCCAUCCGCAUGGACACCGUACUGGAUCACCUGCGGACACUAUUGACCAACCCGUCGUUUGUGCCUCUGGAGGAAGUUGAGAUCCGAGACGAGGAAAUCGGACGACUGCGCGAAGGCUGGGAAAAGAUGGAGAACCGCUGGAAGCAAGCUGUUUCCAUGAUGGAUGGGUGGCAGCGACGACUUGCAGAUGGGGGUGAUUCGGUGCGGGUGGAAGAGCUGAAGCGCGGCAUGAACCUCGAUCUGAGUUUCAGCUCCUCCGUGGAGGAUGCCCGUAUGCAGAGUCGGCUAGAGAGCAGUAACAUCUCUCCGAUUCUGGAGGAUCAGCAGGAGGAGGAACGAGAGGAAGAAAUGGGCGAGUCCGAAGACCGGGCGCCAGAACCAGACACAUCGAAUCCACCACAGACCCGAUCGAAGAUCCGCAAAGUGCCCGAGCGGUCCGAUCGAGCUUUGCGGGAGCGCAGCGACAAUGCGGCUGCUGCCAGGCCCAAGCGGCUCCGAAAAGUGUCAUUCACCCCCGGCCUACAAGGAUCUCCUUGCGAGCCCCCCAGCACCCACGACGAAGAGACCCUGCAAAUCAAAGCGCAUAAGUCAGAUGCUGUGACUCGCCGGCCUUCGCGACUAAAGGUCGAGCCCAACUCGACUCGCCAGAUCAACGGCAAAGACUCGCAACUGAGCAUCUCGCAGAAACUCGCCGUCGUCGAAGAUGAAGCGCGUCUCGCCGAACAGUCGCGCAAAGAGCGCGAGACGCGAAAGCGAAACCGGCCAGAAAAGGCGUCCAGCCGGUCUGGCAAUCGGCGACGGAGUACUCUGACGAGCGAUGAGCUGGACGAUCUCAUGCGCGUUGCGCGAUGA